AUGGCUCUGAAGUUGGUGCAUAUUCAAGUGCUCCUGCUAAUUUUCAUGGCCAUUGUAUGUAAUGCAGAGCACUCGGCAAAGGUUCUUGGCCAUGUUAAUAUAAUUAACAGUGAUGGCCCUUACAUGGGCUUGGUUGUUCCCAAUACUUUUGAAAUGGAGCCCCUACUACAACCCCCAAAUUUUAUAGUCAAUGAAAACGUCUCCUACGUAGAUCUUUCUGGAAGGACAUUCCAUGUAGGAGCUAUUGCAGAUCAGAAGGUCAUUGUCGUCAUGAAAGGGAUGGGAAUGAUGAAUGCAGCAAUAACCACCCAGCUUCUCUUUAGUUUCUUCAACAUAAAUGGAGUUGUGCACUAUGGAAUUGCUGGAAAUGGAAACUCUGACCAUCAUAUUGGUGAUGUUACUAUUCCACUGCAAUGGGCUCAUACUGGCCUAUGGAAUUGGCAGGCUACGACUACUGACAUUAAUGGCCUUAAACUACUUGGCGACAAAUAA